UUGUAACAUUGCCGUAAUUAUUACGAAGCUCGAACACACCCACAUACAUACAAUAAUUUUGCAACUCAAAACAUUCAAAAUCGAAAAGUAUGUAUAAUUAAAGACAAACUUAAAGAAGCUUGAAAACUUAAAAUAUGUACACCAUUUGAUUGAUCGUGUUGUCUUUGAUUUUGUAGCAAUCUUCAUCAGCAUGAAAGUACAUGGAAAAUAAUAAUAAAAAAAUAUUUGAUAUAAAAAAUGAAAAUCGGUAUAUCUUUAGUGCUGCUAAUGUUGCUUUGCCCUGGCGGUUGUCCCGUUUAUGAUUUUGAUUUGAAAACAGUCGAGCAGCCAAGUCAGUUCGCCAAUGGUCUUAAGCUUGCUGCCGAUCUCAACUCCGAAUUCAACCAGGGAAUAAUGAACUUUCAUGUGCUUAAGGAUCAAGAUCAAGUCAAUGACGAUAAUACAUGCAAAUUGGCUCCGCUUAUUUCUGACGUGGACGAAAAGCCAGCAAGAAAGUUUAAAUUUUCACGCAAAGUCGAAGAUGAGGAACAGGCUGAUAUGGAAUUGGAUGACUUCGUUGGUUCAAACCUUUUUGAUAGCACGCGAAAGAAAUGUUUUUCGCCAGAAGACUUAAAUUUACUAUCAGCACGUAGAGAUUUCGAGUAUCUUGUACCUAAAGAUCUGCCAAAAUGUUUGCUCAAUGAUGAAAUGUUAAACAUGUUGUUGAAUUACUUUUAUAAUGGCAAUGAACUGAUACAAAGAUUGCCCGAUUCAUCGAGGAAGGUGAUGGAGAGGGCCUAUUACGAUAUGCUCGGUGGUUACUUGAGAUCCUACUUACUACCAGUAGCCAAGUAUUCUUAUUAUGGCGGCAAAGCGAGUCUCAAAGUGGUCAGCAGUGUUGCAGAGCUGUAUCAACAAUGCAAGUCCUUUUUAAACACGAAUGGUAAUGGCUGGAAAAUGCCUAUUUUACUCGAAGAACUGGAUAACGUUCGUGUGGAUCCUCUAAGGGGCUCAGAGUGCAGUGGCGACGGCAAUGGUGGUGGUAGCGGUCCGACCGGUUGCGCACGCCUCGAAAUGUUACCAACAAAUGACGGUGACGAAAAUAUUAUGCUGGUGUCCAUGCCAAAAUUAGAAGCAGACUGUGUUGAAACCGGUUUAAGUAACAUUUGGCUACCAUUUCGGAAAAGGCGAAACUAUGACCUUAGAUCGCAAAAAUCUGCUUACGCAAUUAUUCGAUUCUAUGAAACGGUGACGCGUUGCUACCAAUCACAGUCAAUGCCACAGGAUGCUUUCAAUUACAAGUUCAUAGCUUGGUUAAAUGAUAACAUAAAACCACACCUCUCCGACGAAGAAUUUUAUCCCGGUCUUGGAGGAGUGUUACGGAUUGUUGAGAAAUUGAGAAAAGGCAGGAAAGCACUGGAUUUUGAAAAAGACAAAGCCAUCGAUCGCCGAAUCGAAGACAAUAUGCGUCAAGGUAACACCAUUAGCAGUGGUGAGAGUAAAAGCGAUGAUGGAUUUUCCGACAUAGAACUCGCACAGAAAGCCUUAGAGUACAAGAUGCAAGAGAAAGCCAGGCAAACGAUGAUUAAUGGUAAACGUUGGUUUGAGAAAAGUGCCGAUGACAACAAUAAUAAUAACCUUAAUAGACAACUGCAGAGCAGAAAGAUAUGCGAAAAGCCUAAAACUCAACAAAACCCACAAGUCCAGCAUACCAAAGCAACAAAGCCAAAGUGUAAAACGAAGGGUGGAAAACAUGGUGGAGCUGGGUCCUUAUUGAAAUUAUCAUCGGAACAACAAAAGCACUAUCUAAAAUACCUAUGUUGCAUUAUCGGAUUGAUACUGCUCAUAUUGCUGAUCAUUCUGCUUGUCGCUAUGCUAAUGAGAUAUCGUAGGCGAAGGCCAAAGACCGAGCCAAAAUCAAAGCCACCGAAGAAAAAGCGCAGAUUUCCUGCAUGGUGUAACUACUUACUCUGCAGAAAGAGACCAGCCGAUGAGGAGAUUGUUAUUAAGCCUGAUACGAAAUCGGUCAUUGCAACACAACCACACCGUCGGACGUCCACUUCCACGUCGUCACUGGCCUGCCAACCCGCUGCCAAAUGCAUUCCCUGCUCUAAGCGUGCCACCAAGGAAUCGGAAAGUGCCCCCAUUAUUGAAACCACAUCACUCGAUUACUAUUCCUCAUCCGAGCCCGAAAAUAAAGUACGCCAGAAAGCGAAAAAAGGCAAACAGAAAGUGGUCACAAUAGACGAGAAGAAGAAAAAAGUUGCAUCACCAUCCCCGACAAAAUCUAAACCGACCUCUUCGAAAGCCAAAGCAUCCCCGCCUAAAGGUAGACUUGGCGGCGGAGCAGAGCCGAAAUCCUCGUCUAGUUCGGAUAGUAACAAGCGGUUAGGUAUUCAGCGAACCAUUCCAACUGACAAUAAGAAGAGUAGUGUAUAGGAAGGUAUGAAUUUUAAAUAAAUCAAUACUAAAAAUAUCGUUUACAGAAUGAAAUGGGCCAACAAGCGACAC